UAUGAUAGGAAAUGUUGUGAAACUUCGUAAAUGAAUAACAAAUGAGCAUUUCUUUAUUAAAAACAAAAAUAUUUUGAGACAAUUUUUAACGCGUUUUUGCAUGAUUUCACGUUUUUAGUUACCCUGCCGAAAACAGGUACACUGCCGAAAACUGGUACAUUUUUUUUCGAAAAUGUAUACAUUGACAUUGUAAAAGUAUAAACCAAAUUUUGUUAUGUUAAAAAAAAACCUGAGGAUUUGCUUAGCAUAAACAUUAACUCUAAUAUGAUAUUUAUCGAUUUCGAAAAAUCCUAUUUUUUUAUUCCGGUCAUUGUUUUACAUCAAACAUUACAAAACAUAUCACAUGAACAGACAAAGUCAUGUUCAUCGAGCGACUAUAUUUUUUAGGCACAUGCGCAGUGUACUGGUGAAUAUUCACCUCAUAACUUUUAUUCUUCCAUCUGACAGUGAAAAUGUAUAAUCAGAACGUUUAAUAACUUGCUGCUAUUACGGCUAUAAACCACAUACAAAGUAACCCAUAUCUAUCCAAGCAUUUUGAAUAAAUUAUGAUUUGUUACCAAUUAAUGUUGUUCUAAGUGAUGUAGAAGGAAUUGACUGAAACAAAAGCAUCUUUAUUGUGUUAUAUGUGCUUGUUCAUGGCCGCAGAAAUGGAAAUAUUCUGUUCUGUGUAGGUUUUGUGUUAAUGAUUUGAAACAUCGACGAAUUACGUGACGAAUGUGACGCUGGUUGUUCUCCAAAACCAUGCAUGUAAACAAUUAUUGGGAAGUUGUAAUUUUAUGACUUACCAAAACAAAAAAAAAAACAUCUGGAACGAAUGUAUAACGUUUUAUACAAAACUGAUUAGUGUCAAAUCAUUGAUGCAUAUGUAUUGUGGAAAUAAGUGCAUUCGUGAAUAUUGAUUUCAAAAGAAGACAGAAACAGUAAUGGAAACUCUCUACACGGGACAUAUCCAUGGAUUUCCACCAUCAGCGAACAUAUCAUACGGAUCUCUAAGCACUGCAUGGGGCUCACAAGGAGGUUUAAUUGCUUUAGGAGUAGUCCUUGGUAGCUCUGUUAGUUUAGUUGGACUAGCAUUUGCUUUUAUUACAUACAGUUUAUUUUCAGACUUAAAAUCUUUGGCAGGAACAACUCUAUUAAGUCUUCUAGCUUCAUUGUUUAUGAGUCAGUUACUCUUUGUUAUUGGAGUUGGAGGUGUACAGGACCCGGAACUAUGUUUGUCACUGUCGCUGGCAUUGCUCUUCAUGAAAUUGGCAUCACUGUGCUGGAUUUGUUGUUGUUGUCAUCACGCUUUUGUUUUAUUUCGCUCAAACACCAAUCUCUGCCCAAGUCGAGAAUCAACAAUGGGUAAAACAUUGAUUAACUAUAGUCUCGUGUCAUGGGGGUAUCCUUUGAUAAUGCUUGGAGUUGCAGCUGCCUUUAAAUAUAAAGAAAGAGACAUUAGAAUCAGCGGUUAUACACACUUACAACUUUUUACCCAAAUAGUACAAGAAUUGAAUGGAGAAAAUCACUGCUGGUUAAUGGAAGGAUCGGCAUAUGUUUGGGGGUUCUUAAUGCCUGCUAUCGUUUUACUUUUCUCAGGGUUCUAUCUUGCUUGUCAAGGAGAGGGAGCCAUCAAAAUUGCUGCUGCUCUACAAAUUGAUUCCCGCACAAAAAAUAAGUUAAUUAAAAAGCGAGGUUUACAAAUAGGAUUGUUUUUUAAGAUUUUGGUUGUUCUAUCAACCGUUGUAGCACUUGGUGCUAUUGCAUCUAUUGGAAAUGUUAUGGAGCUUUGGUCUGUUUACAGCAUUGCACAGGGAAUACAGGGUCUCGUGAUAGCAUUGCUCGUAUCUUGUAACUGUAAAGUUUUGAAACUCUACUCAGCUCCUAAAACUAAUAAGUCGCGCCGUGGGACGUAUCGCAGUCUGAAAGAUGGUGACGGAGGUAGAUAUGGACAUCUUUCUAUAUCAAAUCCCAAUUACGAGGAAAUAUCCCACAUCAGUAACGUAUCUAGCGACGGUGUUUCUAGUCUUACCAAAAUGUCUUAUAAAGAAGGAUGUUUUGUAGAUCGCAUGGAUAACUCUACUACAACAGCAUUGGAUUGCGCUUUUAAUGGUGAAUUAUCUACUACACUCUCUAUUGAUGAAGUAUCCAAAAAACCCUUGCCUGUCUCAGUGUAAAGUGAUGUACAAUGCAUAUCAUGUUGAGUGUCAGGCCGCUGCUAGACAAACCAAAAAUAAACUACGGUAACGUAAAAUUUAGACAACCGAAAAAUAAUGCUUAUAAACAAAAUUAUUUAUAAACAUAAAAAACAAUCGAGGUUUGUUUCCUUCAAUUUUAAUAAAAAUAAUUCGAAAACUUAAGUAAUAAUUUUAAUAAAUUGUUGUACUGCAAAAGCAAACUAACAGCAAUUUCUUUUGGAUUUCGCUGCGCCGACGGGUGGGCCGAAAUCAGUCGACCGAAAAAAGAAGCAGUUUUUUCGUUAUGGUGAUUUUUUAGUGUGUCUGGCAGCGGCAUUAUGCUAUAUCAAUGUCAGGGAGUACAGAUGAAAUCUGUUCGCUAGGUAGGACAAUAAGUUCAUAUCAGUGAUGGUUUGUAUGGCAACUGAACAUGGAGUAUGGACACUGAAAAACUAUUCGGUAUAAAGUAGUUUACAUAACUUAUUCAUAUCACAGUCACGAAUGAAAUAUAAAAUUAUUUGCCGUCCAAAUUCAACAAUAUUUUGUACUGAUUUUUACUAUAAUGAUCAUUAUAAGAUUGAUGGUCGAAGUGGUUUUCAUGUUUGCAAUAAGUUUCCAAAAUAUAUACAUAUUCAUCCCAAGUACGCCCGAAUAACUGCAAAAUGGUUCAAAUAUGUAAAUUGUAUUUUUAAUGACGAAUAAAAUUGUAACGACUCCAAAUUAAUGGUUUGUAAACGCAUGUAGUAAAUUAAUAACUCAAAAAUAGAAAUUAAUCACUCACUUUGUUCCUCACCAAUACCACCGACACCAAUACACAAUUCCUCACCAUUACACAAUUCGACAGUUUAUUCCAUAACAAAAUCUAGUAUGCCUUAGAGUGUAAACGGUCUCGCAGAAAUGGUCAGAAAGUGUCAAAGAUAGACGCCGUCUCGUGGUUUGUGCUCCACGUUAGACUAGAUAUUUGAAGAAGCAAUAUUAAGUGUAGUGAUUUUAAUUUGACUGUAAAUUAUUUAAAAUUCUGUGAACGUUAUGAAUGAUUAUACGUACGUCACACGAAGCGUAAACUUUGGCGUAAACUGAAUU